GAACAGAGCACACAAUACAGUAACCUUUCAACAUGAAACUUGGAACUAGAAAGGUAACGUUUGCAAAGCAAAUGUAUAAUGUUUACCUUAACAUGGUCUAGCUCAACUGCUUCUCUGUUUCUUGGCAGCACUAAGUAACUUGAACAUUUACCUAAUGUACUACGUGCCUCAGUGUCAUAAGGCAAUGGUUAAAAGUGUAUCAAUCAUGUUACACUGGCCACUGACAAUAUUUACUAAGUACAUAAAUGUGUUGGGUUAUACCAUUAAACAUUGGAAAGGGAUGUUGCUUGUACAGAUGUAGCUUACUUAGAUGUACUAUAUGCUAUAUUGAAAAUUGAAUUACUGAUCACCUGUGAAGUUGCUUUAGCCUCACACUAUCUCCAAAAUAUUGAUGUAUUUAUAAAGGAACUGGUUAAGGCAUUAGAAUGAUAUUUUCUUAUCCAAAUAAACAAUGCUAAAAAAGCUAAGCAGUUUUUGUACCCUUGAACGAUUGGUGUUGACUAGAACAAAAUAUUACAGUAACUAUAUACUUAAGCUUUGCCUUGGAAGGUGACUUACACAUCCACAGGAAAACAACCAUGGGCUCUGCACCGUCAAGUUUGAAGAUAGAAAUUCAUGAAGAACUGUCCUGCAGCAUCUGCCUGGAGCUGUUCACCAGGCCCAAGGUGCUGCCCUGUCAGCACACCUUCUGUCAGGACUGCCUGAGAGACCAUGCAGAGGUUCGGACGCCCUUCGAGUGCCCAAACUGUCGUCGGCAGAUCAGGCUGCCACGCCAGGGGGUCGCAGGUUUGCCAGACAAUCUUAUCACGGCAAGUAUGUGUGAGAAACUCCAAAAACAAGAAGCCCUGUUAGAGGAAACAGUGAAGCAACCCCAGUCUGGAAACAGGUGCAGCUUUCACCCCUCAGAAGAAGUCAAGCUCUACUGUAAACAGUGUAACUCGCCAGUUUGUACUGAGUGUUAUGAUGACAACCAUGAUGGACAUCCUACCACAGGCCUUAAAAAGGUACAGGAAAGGAGAUCUACAGUCCAGGACUUGAUCAAUGAGGGGAGGAACAUUCUGGAAAGUUACUGCAGCUUUAUCAAAUGUCUCGGUGAAAGAGAAAAAAAAAUGGAUGAACAGAAACAGCAGAGAGAGAACGGCAUCAUUCAGGCCUACAACCGAAUGGUGCAAAAACUUACAGAGAGAAAAGACUUCCUCUUGUCUGAAUCAGAGCAAAAUCACAGCGAGAACUUAGAGAAAAUACAGACUGAAAGGGACCCAGUGUUGGCAGAUAUUAAUGAACUGUCUGCUGCCUGUGAUCGAGCAGAACAAGAGCUGCAGCAGGGAUGGGUUGAGUUUCUCAGUCAGCAAACCGCUUUGACAGAGGUGGUAGGAAAGUACAGAGGAAAAGCAGCACCAACUCCACCUGUACAAACCCAGCCUGCUGUCUUUCAGCCCACAGACACCCCUGUGCCAGUACUGGGACAUGUGACAGUCCAGUCUCUCCCAUCUGCAUCAAUCCCAGAAGCACCUGCAGCAAGGGGCACAGGUCAUCACCAUGGUAACCAAAGGCAAUCCGUCAAGUCCCUCCCAUCUGCACCAAUCCCAGCAGUACCUACAUCAACAUGUAGCAAUGAUGCAGCAAGGGGCACAGGUCAUCACCAUGGCAACCAAAGGCAAGGUAACCAUCAGCCUCAGAAGGUGAUAUUUGGCGGACCAGGAUCAGGAACUGGACAGUUCUGGGGUCCAUGUGGUGUUACAGUGUCAGAUGAAGGGGAGAUCUUUGUAGCAGACUGUGGCCUGAGGGACAAUCAGAGAAUCCAAGUCUUUACGCUGCACGGAACAUUUGUCCGUCAGUUCCCAACAGUCGUGUCAGGUGAACUGAAGAUCAGACCAGAUGAUGUGGCCAUGGACGAGGAGGGGAACCUGUGGGUGGUGGGAAAGUCCAUAGGGACAUUCUCUGCUAACUAUGCUGUGCAGUACAACAAACAGGGCAGGGUGCUGAGGAAGUUUGGCCUACAGAAGUCAAGGAUGUACAGAGGAGUUGCCGUGGACACCAGGAGGAACCACAUCCUCAUCACACAAACCACAAUGGACAGAGACAGCGGGCAUGAUGAAGUGCAAGUGUUCAGGCCAGAUGGAACACUUGUGAGAACUGUGGGGAGGGCAUCCAAGAACAUAAGCCAAUGGGGACAUCAGGAAAUGAGCUUCCGGUAUCAACAGUACAUCGCAGUAAAUGGAGAAGAGAACAUUCUUUUGACUGACCCAACAAAUCAUUUUGUCUAUGUGUACAAGGAGGAUGGACAGUUUCUGUUCCAGUUUGGAGGUGAGGGAAGUGGUGAAGGUCAGCUGAAGCAUCCACGUGGCAUCUGCACAGACAGGGCAGGGAACAUCAUCGUAGCAGACCAGGGCAACAAACGUGUAGAGAUGUUUGACAAGGCAGGAAGAUUCCUCAAGCACAUCACUACAGACAUGGAGGGGCCACAGGCUGUUGCCAUGGCAACACAGGAACAGCUGGUGGUGACUGAUCAUGGGAACCAAACAGUCUCCGUACUUCACAACUACUGAAGCUGUUGAGACUAGGACACUACAAUGUAGUGUAAAAAUCAAAUUUACUAUACAGUAAUUUGACAAUCCUAGAUGUACAUCUUGGGAAGACAGUCCCAUUUUGGGACCAAACAAGGAGGUUAUAUCUCGGCCUAUAACCUCCUUGGGAACAAAUAAUCAUUUCUCUAUUGUUCCAGCAAGAUAUUGGCU